AUGGCGGUAUCGCACAUUAGUAGAUGCUCUAGCAACGCGGGUCUCGAAUGGGCAUACUACCAAAAUCCGUUCACCAUAAUAAGUGAUCCGGCUUAUUCGAAUUUCGACCCCAGUUUUCUGAAAAACACGACCCCGAUCUACAACAGUAGCACUACUUACAUUGGCCUAGAAGUGAGCUCAGAUAGUAACGACAUCUCGAUUUAUGGCUCGACAGAGACAUUUUCGCCUUACUACUUCGUUAUUAACCAUCGUGGGUAUAUAUACGCAGAAACUGGUGGGACAUACACCCUUACCACCGAUAACGAUGAUGAUAUCAUGCUCGCCUGGCUAGGGUCCGCUGCAUAUAGCGGUUGGGAUAGAGCGAAUGCGAACAUGACGUAUGACAUCAGCGUUAACACUGGUCCUAUGAGCGUGUCGGCCGAACUAGUUAAGGGCCAGUACUAUCCCAUCCGCUUGGUAUAUGCCCAGGCCCCAGGUCGAGUCAUUUUUAAUGCGACCCUCACUUCUCCCUCAGGAGAAAUCAUUCUGGGCCAAAAUACGGCUGCCAGCCCGUCUGUGGUACAAUAUUCGUGUGAUGGGAUCACAGCGCCCCUGUAUCCGCCAUUUGGCCAAGAGACCUGA